GAUCUUCCUAGGCACCAGAGGCCCCUCACUGACCCUCCAAAUCCCCAGCCACAUUCAUCACAUCCGAGGUCCUGUGGCCCCGUGUGGAGGGGCUGCUUUAUGGAAGGCCCCCUGAUGGCACCUGACCCUGCUCUGACACUGCCACCUGUCCCCAGAGAAGGGGAGGGAAGGGAAUGAAGAGGAAAGAGGAACUGGAGACCAGGCGCUGCCCGAGGCCCCGGGCAGGGAGUAGUCCUGCUGAGAAGUCUGCUGAAGGGAAGCGGUCCUUGGCCUCUGCAGCUGACCACAAGAGGGUGGCCCUGAGCCCCCUGCUCCCUGUCCUCCUGGCAGAGGUGUGGCUGGUGCUUGGCCUGGCCCUCAGUUCCCAGCCAGAAGCCCAGGCAGGGCUGGACACUCUGGAGGCUCAGCCUCCUCAGAACCAGGCUCAGGGGAAAGUGCAGGCUCCUACUGAUGGGGGGACGAGGAGGGGUGGCCGAGGCCUGGCCAAGGGCCAGAUGUCAAACUUUGGGUUCAACCUCCUGCGAAAGAUCUCCGUGAGGGAUGGCGAGCUGGUCUUCUCGCCACUGGACGUGUCCUUGACCAUGGCAGGCUCGGUGCUGGGCCAGAGGGCAGACGAGAGCCAGGUGGAGGGCGGCCCACCCGCAGCCCGCAGCCACACGGAGGCCCCACUCCUGCCAGCCCUCGCUCCGCGGCUCAGCGAGGCCCUCUCCAGCACCCCCAGCGGGGCCUCGCGGGGGAGUUCUACCUUCAUCCACAAGGAUUUGAUGUCAGAGACCUUCCCCAAUUAAUCCAAGAGGUUCCUUGAUACAGAGUGUGUGCCUGGGAAUUUUCACAACGCGCAGGCCCAGGGGCUCAGGAAUCAUCACAUAAGCAGAGUCGGGGAAAUUCCCAAACCAUUUGAUGAGAUUAAACCCAGAAACAAAGUAAUUCUUGUGGAUCACAUCUUGUUCCAAGGGACUUGGCUGACCCCAUUUGACCCUAUCUUCACCAGUGACACUUUCCACAUGGACACAUCCAAGGCAGUCAAGGUGCCCACGAUGUACGGGGCGGGCAAGUUCGCCUCCACCUUUGACAAGACUUUUCACUGCCACAUCCUCGGGCUGCCCUACCAAGGAAACACCACCAUGCUGGCAGUCCUCAUGGGGAUCCUGGGUGACCUUGCCCUGGAAGACUGUCUGCCCACAGAGCUGGUGGAGACGUGGGGCGGGAACAUGAAGACCAGGAAAAUGGAGGUUUUCUUCCUCAAGUUCAAGCUGGACCAGAAGUAUGAGACACAUGAGCUGCUCAAGCAAAUGGGCGUCAGAAGAACCUUCUCACCCUUGGUUGGCCUCAGCAAACUCAGCCACAGCAGGAUGCCUUCGGGGUCUCCACUGGGGCCCAAUCCUAAGCACAUGAUGCCACCAAAACCAACAAAUAGGUCUGCAAACCACUCAGUUUUGAUAAAAUGCCUGAGGACUGGCUUGCAGAUCCACCAGCGCAGCCAAAUGCUGAAAGAGCGCAUGGAAUCCCACCCCCUUCAGGAUGAAAGAAACCCUGACGUCACAAGGCCCAAGUCGCCACCUGCCUUGGACAUACCCUCUAGAAAACCCCUGUGGGGCCAUCAUGUUUCCAGUGAACAGGAUUUAUUUCGUCCCGCCCAAUCCUCAGAUGAAUCAGUGAUUGAGGCUGAUAAGAAAGGAACUGAGGCGGUGGCAGGAAACCUGUCAGAAAUUACUGCUUAUUCCCUGCCUCACAUGGAGGUGGACCGGCGCUUCCACUUCAUGGUCCACCAGGAAGGCUCAAGGAUGCUCCUGUUUCUGCAGGUGGUGAAUCCAACUCUCCCGUGA